AUGCGCAGGCUUGAGGGUAUUCAAAAAAGACUUCAACUGCAUGAUAAUACGGGCGGCAUGAGGAGAUUGGAAAUCAAUUUACAAAAGAGGUUUAGUAGGAUCCUAAACCAAGAAGAGCUUAUGUGGCAUCAAAGAUCUCGAGCAUUGUUGCUGGCGGAUGGAGUAAGGAACACAAAAUACUAUCACAUGCAGACCAUCGCAAGGAGAAAGAGGAUUAAGAUCCUAAUGCUGAAAGAUGAGAAUGGAGACUGGAUAAAUGAGCAUAAAGCUUUAAAGAAACACGUAACAAAAUUUUAUAAGAACUUAUUCGCGGGCCCUAAUCACUGGUGUAAGUGGGAGAAAACUAAGGUUAGUUUCCCAUUGCUUGAUGAAAAGUGUCUGAGACGGCUUGAAGGUGAUAUUCAUAUAGAUGAAGUUAAAUGCACCUUGUUCUCCAUGAAGCCAUGGAAAGUUCUGGGUCCUAAUGGUUUUCCAGCAGGAUUCUAUCAGAAGGAUUGGAAAGUGGUCGGUGUGGGAUUGAGUAAGUUGGUUCAGGAUGCUUGGUAG